GGGUCUGGUGGUCUGGGUCUGGGUCUGGGCGGGAGCGGCACACACACACAUUGUUGACACUCCUGCCGCUACACGUGGAGGCAGCACACCGGCUCACCAUUCCUCGUGCGUCCUUGCAUUAUGCGUGGCGGAAUGGAACGCUCAUAUUUCUGGGGUAUUACUCUUGAUGCAGCUCACAAGGAACAGAAGUGGGAGGGAACGGCCACUGAGAACACCGUCGACUGCACCGUCACCACACACACCCUCUCCGUCAGGCAGGUGGUGCUGGGUCCUGACGCCAAGGAGGGAGAGGCCAAUGUGGUGGAGCUGGAGGUGAUGGGCUUCAACGACAAGAAACAGAGAAUCCCCAUCUAUGUCUCAAAAGUGGGCGGUUCUUAUGUCUCCAGCGUUGAGGUACUAGUGGAAGACCAGGCAGCUACGUUCCACCUCACCAAGGGCUCUGGGCCGGUGUACCUCAGCGGAACACACCAGACUGAGACUAAUGUGAUCGGGGAGGAUGACAUAGAGGAGCUGGGCGAUGAGGAUGUGGAGGAGGAGGAGGAGGAUGAGGAUGAGGUGGUGGAGGACUCGCCUCCAAAGAAGAAGGCAAAGAAGUAGAAGUGUUCCCAAAGGUCACACACGCGUACAGACACACAAACAAACGCACACCCACAAACACACACACACCAGCUGAACUUCACAUCAUUGCCACAUUUUUCUAUUUGAACCACUGAUGAUGAUGAUAAUGAUGUCAACAAGCCAGCCUUCCCUCAUGUCUUGAUGGAUGGAUCUCUCUCUCUCUCUCUCUCUCUCUCUCUCUCUCUCUCUCUCUCUCUCUCUCUCUCUCUCUCUCUCUCUCUCUCUCUCUCUCUC